AUGGGCUGGCGUCAUAGACCGCCCGCUCUGAGAUUGGCCCCCUCCCUUCCUGGACCACAACCACGGCCUACACCCCAAGGGAACCCCCACACCCCCCGGGGAAACUACCACCCUUUUGGUCCUUAUCCCCCCCACAACAACCUUUCGAAGCCACACCGGGCUCUUACCGCUACUGGGGGCCACACCGGACACCCCACCAGCUCUCCUGGUCACACCGGACCCCCACCAUCUCUCUGGGUCACACCGGACCCCCCAAAACCUCUCAGGGUCACACCGGACCCCCAAAACCUCUCAGGGUCACACGGACCCCCAAAACUCUCAGGGUCACACCGGACCCCCAAACCUCUCAGGGUCACACCGGACCCCUAA